AUGAUGAAGAUGAAAACAGCUCUAGUAAUCAUAAACUGUACAAUCCUGGGACUUGGAAACUGUCUAGGCCCUCUACUAACACGUCUCUACUUCAAAAACGGUGGCAAACGUAUCUGGCUCUCAAGCUUCAUCCAAACGGCAGGUUGUCCACUCCUCGUCUUCCCUCUACUCUUCUCCUACCUCCGCCGUCGUCGUAGCCGUAAAGCAGAGCAAGAAGAAGGAAAGGCUCCACUUUACCUCAUAAAAACUCCUCUGUUCAUCGCCUCUAUCUUCCUCGGUCUGCUCACUGGCUUUGACAACUACCUCUACGCUUACGGAUUAGCUUACCUCCCUGUUUCCACUGCGUCUCUCAUCAUCUCCUCUCAGUUGGCCUUCACUGCUCUCUUCGCUUACUUCAUGGUCAAGCAAAAGUUCACACCUUUCACUAUAAACGCCGUCGUUUUGAUCACUCUCGGUGCCGGAGUCCUUGCCCUUCACACCGAAGGUGACCAGCUUGCCAAAGAGACACACAAGGAGUAUGUCGUUGGCUUCCUCAUGACCAUUGCUGCAGCUCUUCUCUACGCCUUUGUCUUGCCGCUUGUGGAGCUCAUUUACAAGAAGGCUCGUCAAGAGAUCACCUACACGGUUGUGCUUGAGAUCCAGAUGAUCUUGUCCAUGGUUGCCAAUGUCUUCUGCCUCGUCGGCAUGUUCGCUGAUGGCGAUUUCAAGGUGAUGGCAAGAGAAGCAAGAAGUUUUAAGGGAGGGACAUCUUUUUACUAUGUGGUGCUUGUGUUGACGGCCGUGACCUGGCAAGCGUUUUUCUUGGGAGCUAUUGGGAUGAUCUUCUGUGCAUCGUCUCUGGUCUCUGGAAUUCUGAUCAGUGCUCUGCUUCCGUUGACGGAAGUCUUGGCCGUCCUUUUCUUCCAGGAGAAGUUUCAGGCAGAGAAAGGUCUCUCUUUGUUUCUAGCCCUUUGGGGAUUCCUCUCUUACUUCUACGGACAGUUCAAAUCCGAGAAGAAGACUCAGACUGAGACUCAGGAGACACAACUGCCUCAGCUUCCAGUUACUACUGCUUAA